ACAGAAAAUAGAUAUAAAUGCCCACAAAUCAAACUGGGCUCAGCCCACGCCAAUAGUUCCGAAGAAGUAAAUGAAAAGAUCACCACAAAUUUAUUGUUGUUCGACAACUUUGGGACUUCUGCGAGAUUUUCGUCUGGAUUUCAGAAGGAUCCUAACUGAAUUCCACUCUACUAUCCCUGAAUUCAUGGAAUCCAGCUACCCUCCGCCGUAACUGACCAAUGAUUGAUUCCUGUUUCCAGUCAAAGCUCUGAUUCCCUUUCAGUUUCAGAUGGGAUUUAUUAGUGGAAAAAAUCCUACCGAACCCUCCUCAGAACUCGUAUCCCCCCUCAAUCCUCCAGCAAGAAUGGAUCCCUCUCCCUCCGCCGCGGACGGAAGAUCCUACUGGCGUUUCAGCAAAGAAGAUUUUUUCCCCGAGCCCACCUUCCGGAACUUCUCCACUUAUCUCUCUGCCCUUUCCGAGACCCCCCACCGGCUCAAGGACCGUGUCCUUGGUCGUUCCUCCGAUGCCAAUGAGCUUAUCCAGAGCAAGAAGCAAUCGGAGAAUGAGAUGAAGAAAUGCCUCACUUGGUGGGACCUCGUUUGGCUCGGGUUUGGCUCCGUUGUCGGAUCCGGGAUAUUCAGCAUCACCGGUCAAGAAACCCACGAUCAUGCGGGGCCCGCAAUUGUCCUCUCUUAUGCUGUUUCGGGUUUGUCGGCUUUGCUAUCUGUGUUUUGUUAUACUGAAUUCGCUGUUGAGAUUCCUAUUGCUGGGGGUUCUUUCUCUUUUCUCCGUGUGGAAUUGGGGGAUUUUAUUGCUUUCAUUGCUGCUGGUAAUAUUUUCUUGGAGGCGCUUGUUGGGGCUGCUGGGUUGGGGCGCUCUUGGUCGUCUUAUGUUGCUAGUAUUUUUAAGAGUGACCCGGAUUUUUUGAGAAUUAAAGUUGAUUCUUUUGCUGAGGGGUUCAACCUGUUGGAUCCUUUGGCUGUGGUGGUUCUGGCGAUCGUGAAUGGGAUUGCCGUGAUGGGGACUAAACGUUCAUCGAUACUGAAUUGGGUUGGCUCCAUAUUUGGUGUGGCUGUGAUUGUGUUUAUUAUAAUAGUUGGAUUUGUCCAUGGGAAGAGCGAGAAUUUGGUGCCUUUUUUCCCUCAUGGGGCAGAAGGGAUGUUCACUGCGGCAGCUGUGGUUUACUGGUCGUAUACGGGUUUUGAUAUGGUGGCUAAUAUGGCUGAAGAGGUUAAAAAUCCUUCAAGGGAUAUACCAGUGGGCUUGGUUGGUUCAAUGUCUUUGAUCACUGUGGUAUACUGCUUGAUGGCAUUGGUGUUGGCAAUGAUGGUGAAAUACAGUCAGGUGGAUGUCAAUGCAGCUUACUCUGUUGUGUUUGAGAGGAUUGGGAUGAAGUGGGCUAAGUAUUUGGUGAGUAUUGUUGCUCUAAAAGGGAUGACUACGAGUAUGCUCGUCGGAUCAAUGGGACAGGCUCGAUACACGACUCAGAUAGCAAGAGCGCAUAUGAUUCCUCCUUAUUUUGCCUUAGUUCAUCCAAAGACUGGAACACCAAUAUAUGCAACACUUUUGACAACCACAGGUAGCUGCAUUCUUGCCCUGUUCUCGAGUUUGGAUGUUUUGUCGAGCGUGUUGUCAUUCAGCACACUCUUUAUUUUCAUGCUUAUGGCUGUUGCAUUGCUCGUGAGAAGGUACUAUGUUAACGAUGUCACUCCAAAACGUGACACUAUCAAAUUUAUGGUGUCAUUGUUUAUUAUUUUUGGUUCAUCACUUGGGAUAACAAUUCUUUGGAGUUCCAAGCAGAGGGGAUGGAUAGGGUAUACCAUCAGUGGAGGGUUCUGGGCUUUGGGAACUUUUGGAUUGGCAUUGAUUUCGAAGCACAGAGUUCCAAAAGUCUGGGGCGUUCCUCUUGUUCCGUGGUUGCCAUCUCUAUCUAUAGCUAUGAAUGUUUUCCUUAUAGGAUCUCUUGGUACCGUGGCAAUCUGGCGGUUCUUCAUAUGUAGUGCCAUAAUGCUAGUGUACUAUAUUUUGGCUGGUGUUCAUGCCACCUAUGAUGUGGCUCACAUGGAUCGACAAGAACCGAAACUCGAAGAAGGAGAUAGAAAUCCCAACAAAGGGAUCUUAUAGUUGGUGUAUUUCCUCAAGAUUUGGUUAACUGUUGUUCAUGUCCUAUGUUGUAUUUUUGUAAAGGAAUAUCCUGAGCUGAAUAUCAUUUCCCAUCUCUGUGUUAAUAUCGUCAUAAGCUCCUCACCCCCUGUAAGCUACAGGCAGAAAGAACCUAAGUCUUAUUAAAUGGCACGUGUGGGUUUCUGCGAUACGAGAAUCUAAGCGUGUUUUGGUAAGCUUAUAAACUUUUAAAAAUAUUUUAUAAAUAUUUGAAAAUUCUGAAAAUAUAUUGAAAGUAUUCAUUAAAUAUUUGAGAACUUAUAAAAUUAUGAUUGCUUACAUUUACAGGUUUUAUGAUCUUAUCUUUAUAAAAAAAAAUUAUUUUUUAAAAUAGGAUGUCCCGUCUUUUGAAUCUCAAAUACUUAAGAUAUGGAGCUCAUAAAAUCUUUUAAAUAAAUUAAGCUAAACACACUCUGUAUCUCCUGAUUCCGACAACACAAGGGAAGAAUCAAAGCUAUUUUCCCUUGUAAUUUUGUUGGUCUUCUGGAUCAUACAUAUGGUAUUUAAUAUAUUGGAUACAGGGAAUCCAUUUCGCCGUCCAGUAGCGAGAACCGUCUUUUUGAUUGGUACCGCAGUCGCUCUUUGGUUGGGUAUUGGUGCAACAUUACCUAUUGAUAAAUCCCUAACUUUAGGUCUUUUUUAAUUUGAUUCAAUUGUAAAAUAACACGACGUGUGUAUCUAGGGAAUAGUCGCUUCAAAGCGAAUUCUCCCUAGAUACAUCUAUUGAAUAAAAGUCUGAAUUUCUUUCGAAUAUAUGAAUUGUGCUACAGAUUCAAAACCUAUUUUCAGCUUAAUUAAAAAAGACGAAAAAAAAUCCAAUAGAUUUAAAGCUUCUUUUUUGGUAAAUCAAUUGCGAAAUGUUUUUCUAGAAUGCCCCAUAUCUCUUUUACAUCUUCUAGGCGAAAAUGUUCAAUUUUCAUAAGAUCUUCUUGACUGUUAUUCAAAAGGUCCAAUAAUGUAUAUAUAUUGGACCUUUUGAGGCAAUUAUAGACCCUGGGAGACAAUUCGGAUUGAUCAAUAAAAA